AUGUCCGACGCUGCAGCAAUGGAUCCCGCGGCGGCGGCGGCGGCUGCUGCUGCUGCCGCGGCAGCCAUGAAGUCCUUCACGAUUGAGGCGUGGACCCUUCUGGCUGUUGGAGUUCUCUUCACCAUCCUCAGAACCUAUGCCAGAGUGAGGGCAGUCGGUUUCAAAGGUCUCCAAGCUGACGACUACCUGGUCUGGGUCGGAGUGGCUGGUCUGGGAAAAGCCUUUAGAAUGCGUAUCUAUGUCGGCUUUGGUUUCCUUAUUGUCAGCUGGAUCGUUGUCGUUGCAAACCUUUUCUUAGCGUGUCGACCCUUUCAUAAGAACUGGCAGAUCUAUCCGGACCCCGGUAAUGUCUGCCAGCCAGCAAUUUCCAACCAGGUCGUCUGGGUCUACCUUUCAUUCAAUGUCUCGACGGACCUUUACCUGUUGUCGAUUCCCCUUCCUAUGCUUUGGCAGGCCAAGCUAAAGCCCCUGAAGAAAUGGGGUCUGCUCUUUCUCUUCAGCGGUGGUCUUUUCGUCAUUGUCUGCGCCACCCUUCGAUGUGUUCUGAUUGUAACUGAUCCCCAAAAUGGAGCACAACUUGCCGGCUCGUGGGCAGUUCGAGAAACUUUCGUCGCUGUCAUUACAGCUAACCUGCCAAUGGUCUUCUCCAUCGUCAAACAGUGGCUGACGCCAGUUUUCGGCUCCCUCAUCACCUCGAUACGUUCGUCGCAAAGACAGACCGAGAACACGCCAAGAGAAGUGCGCACCUUUGGCGCCGGCAGCAACCAGAGCUGGCGCGGACGCGGCCCUCCUUCAGCAUACCCGAUCACCAACAUCACCUUCAACGAAAGCGAGGAGCGCAUGGUCAAUGAGAUCAAGAUGCAAGACGUCAAGGCUUGGGGUGACCCGUACGCCGACGGAAGACCGCCUACCAGGUCCCACAGCAUGAGCAGAAGUGCGAGCACCGCCAGCAGGCAUAGAAACGGCAAUAUCAGGAGGGAUAUCGAGGUCGCCAUCACCACCGAGGUCCGCGAGCUGAAGCCUGAUGCGAACGGCAACAUCAAGAGCGUGUCGCCUCGAAGCUUUUCGUUUGCCAGAGGCCCGAAGAGGAACUCGAAGAGAGCAUCGGCGCACAGCGCGGUGUUUGAUGCUAAUAACAGGAUUUAA